AUGCCCGCCAUAGCAAUCAAUAUAUUAUUACCUUGGAAACAAACAUGGAAUGACCAUUUCUUGCGGCAGUCUCUUUCUUCAACCAAUCACACCCGACUCACCAACCCCAUUUUCUUCUUCCUUCUACGUCUAAAACCCAUUUUUCCUUUCAGGAUUUUGUCCCCAAACCGAUCAACACAUUUCCAGCAUUUUUGGAUGUAUGGAGGCAUCCCCUGUGCCGGCUUGGUUGCAGAGUAAUCCCAAUCCCAAAUUGGGUUCUAGAACGGCGGGGGAGAGUGAUAUGGUGAUUGGCGCUCUUGCUUCGCAGAAAUCAGGCGCCGACCUCAUGCAGAAUUGUGAUCUUCCUCCUCCUAUGAAGGUGUUUAUUGGGUCGGACAACGCUGUCGGAUCUCCAAUUAAUAGGAUUUUCAGCAUGAUGGGACGAGAGAAUGGGAAGGAUGAGUUCCAGGUAUAUAGAACUGGAGGUGAGGAGGACAAGUUGGAGCUCUUGAAGGCGCUGAGAUUAUCACAGACACGGGCAAGGGAAGCAGAAAGGAAAGCGGUGAGCCUGGCUGAGGAGAGGGAUCAGAUAUCCAAUGCCUUGUUAGAAGAGUCAAUGAGGCUGUUUGCUCACCGACAGUGGGUGAGGUUGCUUGAGAUUCAAGUCUCAGAGCUUCAUUCAAAACGGAAGAAUCAAGAAAAGCAUUUGUGUCACUGUUAUGUCGAGCGUGAGGGAAACGAAGGAGAGGAUAAGAGUGGCAUCCCGUGGCUUGUUGCCUUGGCAUUUUGCCUAGGCAUUGCAGGGAUAGGAUUUGCUUUUGGUUGUAGAUAUUUAUUUUGAAAGUUAAUAGAAGAAAGUAUUAUACCCUGU